AUGUCUGCAGGAAACGACGAUCAUAGUGAUUUGGAUAUUGGUAUGGGCAAAACAAUAAAACACUGCUCCAAAUUUAAAUACCUUGGAGUAACUCUUUCCUCAGAUGGCAAAAGCAAUGAGAAUAUAUCUAAUAAAAUUGGACAGGGAAGAAGAAUAAUUAGGGAACUGAACUCUCUUCUUUGGAGCGAUAGAAUAUCAAGAAGAAUAAAACAGAUGAUGUACAACUGUAUCUUUGAAUCUGUUUGUCCCUACGGAUCGGAGACGUGGGAACUCACAAGGAGAAACAAAGAUAGAUUACUUGCACUUGAAAUGGACUAUUGGAGGCGUAGUAGCAGAACAUCUCGCCUAGAUUACGUAAGAAAUGUUUGUAUAAGAGAGCAGAUGCAAGUAAAUGGAACCAUCUUGGAUAGAAUCCAAGCGAUUGCUAUGGUUUGGCCACCUCCAAAGAAUAGAAGAUUUGAGAAUACCCAAGAAGUAAGGGACUGGAUCCCAGUAGAGAGAAGAAAACGUGGAAGACCAGCAAGAACAUGGCAGGAUGAUGUACAGGAAGCCAUGCUUAAAAGACUGGCGACCUGA